AUGUACGGUUUUGUUAACUAUGCAUUGGAGUUACUCGUUAUGAAGGCGUAUGGAGUAGAAGUAUGGGAGACAAUAAAGAAAAAAGCUGAAGUAGCAAUGGAAGGUUCUUUUCUCGUGAGACAGAUAUACGAGGAUGAAAUUACAUACAAUCUUAUCACGGCCGCUGUUGAAGUAUUGCAAACACCUGCAAAUGAAAUACUCGAAUUAUUUGGGAUGACAUUCUUCGAGUUCUGCCAAGACUCGGGGUACGACAAAAUACUUCAAGUCCUAGGAGCUACUCCGCGCGAUUUCUUACAGAAUCUGGAUGGCCUCCACGACCACCUGGGUACUUUAUACCCGGGCAUGCGCGCUCCGUCAUUCCGUUGCACCGAACGCCCUGAAGAUGGCGCUUUAGUGCUCCACUACUAUUCUGACAGACCAGGCUUGGAACAUAUUGUUAUCGGUAUAGUAAAGACAGUUACAAGUAAGCUGCACAACACAGAAGUGCAAGUGGAAAUUUUGAAGACAAAGGAGGAAUGCGACCACGUGCAGUACCUCAUCACUGAAACUUCCACGGGGCGAGUUUCUGCGCCUGAAAUGACUGAAAUUGAAACUCUGUCUAUAGAACCAAAGGUCAGUCCAGCGACCUUCUGCCGUGUCUUUCCGUUCCACUUGAUGUUCGACCGGGAACUCAACAUUGUACAAGCUGGCCGUUCCGUAACUCGUCUUCUACCACGACUCAACCAGCCUGGCUGUAAAAUAAGUGAUGUCUUAGAAACGGUUCGUCCACAUCUUGAGAUGACCUUUGCCAAUGUACUUGCACAUAUUAACACGGUUUAUGUACUCAAGACUAAACCAGAAGAAAUGAGUGGCCAAAUGUUAUACAUCCCUGAAACUGAUGUGGUUGUAUUUCAAUGCUACCCCAGCGUUACAAAUCUUGACGAUUUGACCCGACGAGGUCUCUGCAUUUCCGAUAUCCCUCUUCACGAUGCUACUCGAGACCUGGUGCUGAUGUCCGAGCAGUUCGAAGCUGAUUACAAACUCACCCAAAACCUGGAGGUGUUGACUGACAAACUUCAACACACAUACAGGGAGCUGGAAGCUGAAAAACAGAAAACUGACAGACUUCUAUACUCAGUACUUCCAAAGAGCGUGGCCACGGAACUACGUCACCGACGGCCCGUACCCGCACGGAGAUACGAUCCUGUGACCCUCCUGUUCAGCGGGAUAGUGGGUUUUGCCAACUAUUGCGCCAGGAACAUAGACCAUAAGGGCGCCAUGAAAAUUGUCAAGAUGCUUAACGAUUUGUACACUGCUUUCGAUGUACUUACAGACCCCAAGCGAAACCCUGAUGUGUAUAAGGUAGAAACCGUGGGGGACAAGUACAUGGCUGUAUCUGGUCUGCCUGAAUAUAAGGAAGCUCAUGCCAAACAUAUCUGUUUGUUGGCUUUAGAAAUGAUGGACCUGUCGAAAACCGUUACCGUUGAUGGGGAGCCAGUGGGUAUUACAAUUGGAAUCCAUUCUGGUGAAGUUGUGACAGGAGUGAUAGGGCAUCGUAUGCCCCGGUACUGCCUGUUCGGAAACACUGUUAAUUUGACCAGCCGAUGCGAAACAACGGGAGUGCCUGGAACUAUUAACGUCAGCGAAGAUACUCAUAGGUAA